CAACCUUCCCAGGGGUGCUGCUUGCAGAACAGAGCGGUCCAAGUAUUUCUCGAGGAACAAUUUUCGCUGACUUUCUACGUGGAUAUCUCGCUCGAAUUAUCAGGCACAAUGGUUGCAGUAUUACUGGUGCUUACAAACCAUGAAGACAUGGGUAACACUGGGAAAAAGACUGGCUGGUAUCUGCCAGAAUUGGCUCACCCGUACCAUGUGUUCAAGACUGCAGGAUACAGCAUGACAAUGGUCAGACCAAAGGGAGGAAAGGCACCCUUGGACAAGAGCAGUGUUGAUGCAUUUGCAGAGGACCCCAUCUGCAAAGAAUUCCUUAAGAGUGACGCAAUGAAAGCCACUGAAACCACUUCUACCAUUGCCUCUGUUGAUCUAGCCAAGUUUGAUGUUAUCUUCUAUGUUGGUGGUCAUGGACCAAUGUUUGAUCUAGCAGACUGUGAAGUCAGUAACAAAGCUGUGGCCACAGUUUAUGAGAAUGGAGGGAUUGUUGCUGCAGUUUGCCAUGGCCCUGCUGGUAUUGUUAAUGCCAAGUUAUCAAAUGGUGAAUACCUAGUGAAGGGCAAAAAAGUGACCUGUUUCACUGACAAAGAAGAAGACAUGAUAAAGCUGGUGGAAGCCAUGCCAUUUCUCCUGGAAACAAAGCUCAAAGAACAUGGGGCAGAAUUUGAAAGUGAAGAGGCAUGGCAACCUUGUGUAUCUGUUAGUGCUUGUGGCAGAGUAGCAACUGGGCAAAAUCCUGCCUCUGCAACACCCUUAGCUGAAAAAAUUGUGGAACUUCUAAAGUAGACCAUUUUGGAUUACUUUUUAGUAGUGUAGAAUCAACUUAUGAAUUAAGUAGAAGUGGCAUGGGACUUUCAGCUCUUGUAGACUUGGUAAUUUGUAACUGUUGGCUUCACUGUUGUCAAGAAAGCACUAAGUACAUACCAUAUUUUGAGCUUGAAGAUGUCAGUUGAAAGUACUUUCAAGAAAUAAAAGGUUCCAAACACACUCA